AAUCUUGCGUACUAUAGGUAAAAGGCACUGUCUGCCGCCAUGACGAUGGUUCACUUGGUCAGGAAGUACUUCGUAACACUUGCGCUUUAUUUUGGGUGUAUCGCAUCGUGUUAUCCGGCUUUUGCUCAAGAAUCACCCCAGAUCCUAGAUCUACACUUGACAAAGCAAGGUGUUGGUAAGGAUGUCAAUGUCAGCUGCAGUGUGUCGCCAUCUGAAGCAACAGUGGAAUGGUUGUUUAACAGUGAGCCUAUUACGAUAACCAAUAGAUUAAAACAAGAAUUUGAAGAACGACUGUUGCAAAAGAAAGAUCUAGAUGGUAAUCCACAGAAGUACAAAAUCUACAAUUUAACAAUCACAAAUGUGACAUCCAAUGACGAUGGAAACUACACCUGCGUGGUCAAGCUGGGCGAGAAGAGAUCAGAUAAAAUGGUCGUCUUGGAUCUCAGUUUUCCUGGGAAGUUAGCGAAUAAAACGUUAGGACCAAUCAAGCAAAAUGUUACUGAUCAAAAUAAAGUUUUAUUGCGAUGUGUUUUUGAAGUUUACAAACCUAGCGAAGUAAGAUGGUGGAAACAGGGCAAAGACGACGAUAUAAUAGACAUAGCAACAAAACCAGCAAAACGAGUUGAUCUCAAGCAUAUUCAGAGCGAAUACGAUCUGCACAUUAAGAGUUCAGAAGACAAUGGUACUUAUGUCUGCGAAGUUUGGGAUUCAGUAACAUCGACAAAUAUUACUGGCGAAAUAGAUAUCAUCGUGUUCGCUCUGCCACAAGUAGUCAUUGACACGGUCAUACCGAUCAGCGCUUCUCAACUAUUUCUAAAUUGGACAGUCCGUUCUUACAAUUCUCCAAUAAAAUCAUACAGUUUGAUGUACCGUCGUCUACCUUCAAACGACUUCAACUUGUACACGCGUGAAAAAAUCGGUGUAAAGAAUAUAUCAUUUGUAAUGGAAGGUCUAGAAAAGUCUACCAAUUACCAGCUCAAAUUGGAAGUCGCUACUACAUACGGGCCGAGUAAGCCUCAUAUUUACGAAUCGACGGUCAAAACUCUCGACAAGGACCCUAUAUUUGUACCAAAUAUUUCGAUAAACGGUUUCUCGGCUACGUCUGUGACGAUUGGCUGGGCUCCACCGCCAGAAGAUAUAGCUGAGUUGAUACAUUAUUACCUUCUAGAAGCGAGGAAAAUGGAUGAAAUGGCCCCCAGAAGGGCAUACCAUUCUAGAGAUAGUAGAAACCUACCAUAUAUGUUUGAUAAUUUGGAACCGCACAGCACAUACGUAUUUAGGGUAUGUGCCUGUUCGGACUUCACAAAGCGGUGUGGUAACUGGUCGGCAGAGAUGCAAGCAGCAACACUAGAUGGCAUCCCAGGCCGGCCAAGCAACGUGACAAUACAUUGUGCCAGCUCUUGGCUUAAUAUUACUUGGCAACCCCCACUUAAACCUAAUGCUGAGAUAAAAGGGUAUACGUUGGAGUUAACUGGUAAUUCGACCUACAGAGAUCAAUAUGGCAUGAUGAAAGAUAACACUGGAGCAAUACUUACGAAGUUUAAGACAAACGACUCCCGAAGUGAAAGGUUCGAGCUGCAGCCCAACAUGAACUACACGGUGCGGCUGAGCGCCAUGACGCGCACGCGGCGGCGCGGCGACGAGGAGCUGCGCCACUGCGCCACCGCGCCCGCGCCGCCCGACGCGCCGCCGCGCCCGCGCUGGAGGAAGAUUGAAGAAAAUGAUAAGUACGUUUUCGCCAUGCAUCUCCCGCGAAUAUCAGAGAAAAAUGGACCAAUUUGUUGCUACAGGGUAUAUAUGGUGCGUUUACUACCCCAUUUCGACUGGAACAACCUGCCGCCGCCGCGGGAUAUCAACAUUGUCGACUACGAGGAGGCACACGGAGUUAUACCCCUCUUGGGAGCUUAUAUCACUGACGUUUUCUCCAACGAUAACUUCCCACCAGAAUCCGAAUUAAUAAUUGGAGACGGUAAAACAUACUUUAAUCCUGAAGACCCGAGUCUAAAUCGAGAGCCCUGCAAGCGGUGCUUAAGGAAACCAAGACGCAAUGAAAAGCCGCCUCCCAUACCCCCCACUACUACAACACCUACUACCACCCCCACUACCACCAGGGAUGACUUCUUUGAUGACGAGAUAGAUACUACUGCUGAACCGGAUCUGGAGAAACGGGAAAGGAGAUCAUAUAUGGAGUUAGACAGGUAUGAUGUAGAUUACAUGAAGAAUCCUAUGAUGAUGGACAAGCAGGUAGAGAUAGAGGUAAAGGAGGAUUUGCAAGUUCGAGACGGUCUGCUCGAUCCCUCCGCUAACUACACCUUGUUCAUUGAAUUGAUACUAAUGUUUAUUUCAGCUGGUUCAGAAGAAGACGAGCCGCUGUACAGUGAGUAUUUGAAUGUGUUGAUGGCCGCGGCGUCGCCCGUCGCCCCACCGCCUACAACAACGCUGGAAAUCGCACUGUUGGCCACGUGCGCGGCGGCGGCGCUGGCGCUGCUGGGCGCGCUGGCGCUGUGCGUGAACCGCGCGCGCCGCUCGCGCAAGCACGCGCCGCCCGAGCGGAACCCGCUGCACGCCGCCUUCCGAUAUGUGGUAGACCACAUCGGUGGCAGACAACAACUGAUAAGCGCUGUGCCACCUGACAUGCCGCCCAUCGCCAAAGAAGAUCUUGCUGCCGCCUACGCAGAGCGACAAGCCGACUCUGACUAUGGUUUCCAGAAGGAGUUUGAGUUGUUGCAGAUGUUACCGGAGUGCUUCCCCGACCGAACCACCCACGCUUCAGAAGCGAGAGAGAAUCAGCCCAAGAACAGAUAUCCAGACAUCAAGGCCUAUGACCAGACCAGGGUCAAACUGAGUCAAAUCGAUGGCAUCACUGGAUCGGACUAUAUUAACGCUAAUUACGUUAUGGGCUAUAAGGAACGCAAACAGUUCAUCUGCGCCCAAGGUCCAACAGACACAACGGUAAAUGACUUCUGGCGUAUGAUAUGGGAACAUGGGUUAGAGCUGAUCGUGAUGUUAACCAACCUUGAGGAGUAUUCUAAGGUUAAGUGCAGCAAGUACUGGCCAGAUGAUGUGAGGGGUGUACGGGCCUUUGGCAAUAUCACUGUUCAUCACGUGUCUGAGAAGCGUUAUUCAGACUAUAUUGUGCGAGAGUUGAAAAUUUCCAAGCAACCGUUAAAUUCCGAUGGACAACCGAUCACUGAAAACAAUGGAAUUGCAAAGAGAAAUGGCGAUUGCGGUAUGAGCGACAGCGCCCCGACGUCUCCUCGCGAGCUGAAGGGCGAGACGCGGCUGGUGCGGCAGUACCACUUCCUCAUGUGGAAGGACUUCGCGGCGCCCGAGCAUCCCCACUCGAUACUUAAGUUUAUUAAGAGGGUGAACGAAGCGUGGUCGAACAUGGUGGGGCGGCCGGUGGUGGUGCACUGCUCGGCGGGCGUGGGGCGCACGGGCACGCUGGUGGCGCUGGACUGUCUGCUGGAGCAGCUGCGCGCCACGGGCCACGCCGCCGUGUUCAACACCGUGGCCGAGCUGCGGCGCCAGCGGAACUUCCUCGUGCAGUCGCUGAAACAAUACGUGUUCGUGUAUCGAGCUCUCGUGGAAUACGCUCACUACGGCGAUACCGAGAUACCGGCGUCGAGGCUGAAGAGCUCCAUCGACCGCCUGCGGAACACACCGGAGGGCGCUGAUAAGUGUCUCAUGGAGCACGAGUUUGAGAAAAUGAUGGAGCCGCCGGUCGCCGAGCCGGCCAAGUCGUGCGCGGCGGGUGGCGCGGAGGAGCUGCGCGCGCGCAACCGCAGCGCCGACUGUCUGCCCUACGACCGCAACCGCGUCAUCCUGGCGCCGCUGCCCGCGCGCGACUACUCCACCUACAUCAACGCCUCCUUCGUCGAGGCCUAUGACAAUUCAGAAGGAUUCAUCAUAACUCAAGAUCCUCUACCUAACACGAUCAUGGACUUCUGGCGAAUGGUGUCAGAACACAAUGUCUCAACUAUCGUCAUGUUAAGUGAGUUGGGUGAAGGCAAGUGUCCUCGGUACUGGGAUGAUGGCACAGUCCAAUACGAACACAUUUCUGUGGAGUAUGAAGAGAGCGAGUCAUGUCCUUACUAUACAAGGCGCCAGUUCCGAGUUACGAAUAACAAGAGCGGUGAAUGGCGCUGCGUAAGACACCUGCAGUACCAGGGCUGGCCCACGGCCGCGGGCCACGUGCCCGAAGUGACGCGCGGCCUGGCCGAGCUGGCGGAGCUGGCGGCGCCGCUGGAGCGCGACGACCCCUCACACCCGCCGCUGCUUGUGCACUGCCAACUGGGCACGGAGCGCUCGCCGCUGUUCGUGGCGCUGUGCGUGCUGAUCUGGCAGCUGCGCGUGGAGCGGCGCGUGGACGUGGCGUGCGUGGCGCGCAAAGUACGCUCGCAGCGCGCGCGCUGCAUCGACACCUUCUUGCAGUACGAAUUCCUACACCGUGCCAUAUUAAAUUACGCGGAACUGCACAACCUUUUGGAGGACAGCUAAACUACUAAUACUCUAAGGAUGAGAGUGAAGUUUCUGACUGGGAAGUUGAGGCUACAUUUUUGUCCAGGAUUUUUAAUUAUGCGCAUCUUUUGAACUGAUUAGAACCUUCGUACCAAGAACUAUGGUUUAAAAUUGCCUAAAAUAGUAGCCAUAACUAGAGUACAUUUCGUUCUCGAUCCAUAUCCAAAACUUUUAUAACAAAAUUUAUCGUAAUAGUCAUAAGAUAUAAAAGAAAUAAUCCAUAAUGUUUUU